AUGGGAAUACCUAACCAGACGUGGGGGGCAGAGUUCAUACUGCUGGGGCUCUCCAGGGACUGGAGGACCCAGGCUUCUCUCUUCGUGCUAUUCCUGGUCACGUACAUGCUGACUCUGAUGGGAAACUUUCUCAUCCUGGUCCUCAUCUGGCUGGACUCCCGGCUCCACUCCCCUAUGUACUUCUUCCUGGGCCAUCUGUCCCUCAUCGACAUCUGCUAUGCCUCCAGUGUCAUCCCCCAGCUGCUCGCCCACCUGCUAGUGGUGAAGAAGGCCAUUCCCUACCUGCGCUGUGCCGCUCAGCUCUACUUCUCCCUCGCCCUGGGCGGGAUUGAGUUCCUGCUCCUGGCCGUGAUGGCGUUUGACAGGUAUGCUGCCGUUUGCCGGCCACUGCGCUACCCGGCCAUAGUGACCAGGGGUCUCUGCGCCUGGCUGGCGGCUGCCUGCUGGGGAGGAGGCUCCCUGAACUCGCUGCUGCAGACAGCAAUCACCUUCCGGCUCCCCGUGGGCCACGACGACAGAAUCGACCACAUCUCCUGUGAACUCCUGGCCGUAGUCCGGCUGGCCGGCGUGGACACCUCCGCCAACGAGGCGGCCAUCGUGGCAUCCAGCGUGGUCUUGCUCAUGACACCCUGCGUGCUGGUCCUGCUGUCCUACAUCCGGAUCGCCGUCGCCGUCGUGAAGAUCCGGUCCCCCGAGGGCCGGCAGAAGGCCUUCAAUACGUGCGCGGCCCACCUGACCGUGGUGGCCCUGUGUUAUGGGAUGGCCAUCUUCCUCUACAGCAAGCCUCGUUCCGGACACGGCCCCUCGGCUCUGCGUGAGAAGCUCAUCUCCCUGUUCUACGCCCUUCUGACACCUGUACUGAACCCUGUGAUCUACAGCCUGAGAAACGAGGAGAUGAAGGCGGCUGGAUGGAAGCUGCUGGGACGAUGUCGAGAGCUGAAGUCAAAGAUGACGCUUCCCUGA